UAAUACGAUGGAAAGGAAGAAUCAGGAGAUUUGUUGUGGUUCAUUACGCGAUCGGUUGCCUGAUCAAGUAUCCAAGAUGUAUCCUUGUUUUGUUGCUCAGAAUUUCGAAACCCAAAACCAGAGUUUCUACACUAUACAUGACCCGUUGUCUCAUAAUAGCUAUGGGUGCCAAAUCCCUGAGUUGGUCGGGAAACAAAUUCGAGGCUGUUUCCAUGGCUGGAUGAUUCUCUCUAACCAUCCACACAACGUCAUGUGGUCUCUUUGGAACCCAUCCACUUCUAAGAUCAUUCGUCUCCCCCCCUUGACUUUGAAAGCUAGAGGAGGUUUAGAUGAUGAUGGAUUUGACUGUUGCUGUUUAUCGUCCCCUGCUGACGAUCCCAAUUCAGUUCUCUUGUUAAUGAAAACAGGAAAACCAAACAUAGUGUUUUGUAGGCUAGACGGUAAAAGAAAGAAGUUAAGAUGGACCAAUAUGAUAUACGCCAAAAAGCUCAAGAACCUAACUGGUGUUGAUGGUUUCCUAAAUUGUCUAACUUGUUGCAAUGGAAAAGUGUAUGCUUUUUAUCGUGGCCCUGGUAAGCAAAUACUCAUACAAGUUGACAUUGUUGUUAAGGCUAGAGAAGUUGUGAUAAGUUUUUUGCCUAUCUUGAAACUCCCAUGGCCUCACAUCGGGCGUGGUGUUUCCACCAUGAUUGCUUUCCUAAAAGGAUCUUGCACAGAACUUUUCUGUAUUUUGAUGGCUUUUAAAGACAAAGAAUGGAAAGCAAUCAGUGCUAUUUAUUUGUUUAAACUGGAUAUGACUAGUAUGAUGUGGGAAGAAUUGCAAGACCUCAAAGACGCUAUGUUUGUAGUAGAUCUUGUCGAUAUACUUUACUACCCUGCAGUUGCCUCAGAGGCGGGGGGUUGUAUACAUAUCAUUGGGGAAAGAGGCAGUAUAGUACACUCUUACCAUGUCAAAGAUAAAACCGUCCUUGUAUCUUCUUUGCCUUUUGUAGCACUAGCAAGCCACGUGUCAGUAUGGGCAAUGCUCGAAUGCAGGUUAAAAAGUGAUUAUAAACAACCGGAGGAGGAAAAGGACCACGAAAUAAUACUAAGAUCAGUACUCAAGGACGGCAAUGCUCAAUUUAAUGGCACGGUGAAGGAAUCACACCUGCUUAAUCUUCCACUUGAUGUCUUGGAGACCAUUAUGGAGUUUUGUACGGGUUUCGAAUACCUAAAGUUUCGUGCUACAUGCAGAUAUUGCUAUGUAGCAGCACCUCUAAUACGAUGGGGGAACAAAACAGCAUCAAAGAGAUUGCGUACACCUACAUUAUCUUCACCUUUGCUAAUGGUGUUUGACAAGCAUCAAGGCAUCAUCACUUUUACAGAUCCAAUAUUCGGAGGCACUUAUUUUCUGAAAACACCUCGAGAAUUGAUUCAUGAUUUCCAAAUAGUGCAUUCAAAGGACGGCUGGUUACUGAUUCUUGAACUUAGUGGAACCUUGGUGUUCUUUAACCCCUUUACAGGUUAUAUUCACAAGCUCCCAAAGAUUGGUUAUCUAGAAAGCUAUUGUUUCUCAUCUCCACCUACUUCUCCGGAUUGUAUAGUUGUUGGUUUUACAACUAUAAUGCAAUCGCCUAUAUACAUUCACUAUGUAUCUCGAGCACCAUCUUGGAUUGGACUUCAUCUAAAAUUUGGAAUGAAAGAUCCCUUUUCCUUUAAUUUCCCGACAUUCCAUGGCCCUGAUCUUUUUGCUUUGUGUAACAACGGAGAACUUGAUGUUUUUAAAGACAUAGGUGAUCAUGAAAAUUACUCAUGGGAAGCUGUUGUAAUUGAAUACCCAACAAGUUGUUGCAAUUCGUUGGGACAUCGCUUCCUAGUGACACGUGAUCAACAUCGUUUUUUAGUCAUCGUGGGCGAGAAUGGAGCCUCCGUUGAGGUAUACAAGUCGAACGAUGAUGAAGGAAAAUGGGAGAAAAUAGAUAGUUUAGGAAAGCACACGAUUUAUAUUGGCGAUGCAACAUGUUUGUGUAUUGAAGCUAAAACUCCAAAGAUGGAGAACAAGAUCUUCUUCCCUCGAUUACAUUCAAAGAAUGGGAAUAUAUUGUUCUAUUCACUCGACACACGCAGAUAUCACACAUUUAAUAUCCAAGAAAAUUCCGAGGAUUUCUACCAAACGAAACAACCUCUCCUUCCUCACGCAUGGAUUGAACCAAGAUGGUCUUAGUUAACUUCUAUAAUAUGUUAUAUGUUAUAUGUUUUUAGUUUGUCUAUCUAAAAAUAAGAGUGUGAUUAAAAAUUGGUUAGUUGUGAAGACAAUGAUAAAGGUAGUACACUAAUGUAAGAUUCAAUGAGUUAAAGAGUGGAAAGCUGAGCUUGUAGGUAAUGAAAAUUUCUAAGAAGUUGACGUGUACCAUCGACAUGAUAAAAUUCAUAUAGCAUAGUAUAUUGGA